CUACAUUUGUCAAAAAUUGAAUCUGUCAAGAGUGUCAAUUUCAUUCGUAUUAUAUUGGAUUCGAUUAUGAUCAGAAAAAUGUGUUAAUAAUUUUGUUAUGAAAUUUAGAACCGAGCGGUUAAACAUACAAAAUGUUUAGGAGCCGUAUUUUAUCCCGAGUCCUAUGGCAACAGCGUUUUCAUAUUAAAGACUAUGCAAAACCAAGUCCUAUCAUUAGUGUAGUCACCGGGAUUCCUUCAGUGAGGCAACAGAAUACUGUAGCAGUAGAAGAUAGCUAUGUAAAGAAAUUUAUGAAGGCUGUUGGUUGGAUGGACCAGUCUAGGACACGUUUAAAACUCACAGGUUAUUUCCUCUAUGAAAGUGUGCCAGACAAAGUCGCAUAUAUGGAAUGGUUUGAAAAUCUGAAUCUGCCCGACACGUUCGCAACAUGGUUCACGAUAACAGAGUUACAUGUGUGGCUUCUGCUGGUCCGUUACAUGGCGGAGGACAUUGUGCCCAGCUCAGAACAGAAGAAGAAGUAUAUUAAAGGGGAUGGAUCCUUUGUGAGGAACUGCAUAAUCGAGGCACUGUGGGCUGAUGUUGGGAACAGGAUUAAGUUGUUGGAGGGAGCAAACCCAGCCAUAGCCAGGAAGCAAGUUUCAGAGCUGUCUGAGCAGUUCCAAGCUGCCCUUGUGGGCUACGAUGAAGGCCUCUCCGACGACCGUCUGUUAGCUGCCGCUGUGUGGAGGAGGUUCUACUCCAUGUCUGAGGACACGCAAGUUGAACAUGUCGAAAAAAUUGUCCAUUUCAUUAGACAUCAGUUAAAAGUACUUGACAAAAUACCAAGUGAAGACCUGAAGUGGAAACCGGAAAUUACUUGGCUAAGUAUAUUAAAACACUAAUCCUAAGUUAUUAAUUUGUUUAUAGUUGUAAUAUAUGUAGGUAUGUAAAAAUAAAAAGAGAUGAUUGUUA